AUGGAGUCCGACGAGCACAGGGCUCGUCUCGGGCUGCGUGGACGCACGAACACGGUUCUCCCAAUGAAAAAUGAAAUGUUAUCGUGUCUGUCAUCGAGGCAUCCUCAUCAUAACCCCAACGAAUCGGCCACCAAGCUCCAUUGGCCAGGUGGCUCGUACCAGAGUGAGCCCGGUAUGCUCAACGCGGUGCAUGAGAUUACACAGUACAAGCCACAGGUGGACGGCCACGUCCCAGAGAUGAUCUGGCUCCAUCAAGUUGAAGAGACAUCCACAGCAAAACUCAGAAGGGAGCUAGAGAUUGACGACCCUGCACGACGCAGUCGUAUCUUGAACAUCCACGUGUCUUGGAAACUUCAGCCGAUCACGAAGCUGAGUGGGAAAGAGUUCAGGCACCAUCGAGUCCUCUGGAUCAGUGGCGUUUAUCACUAUGACGUCAGCCCCAGCAAUCUCAUGGUUUACCGGGCCCUGAGCAGUUUAAUGAUGGGUGUCAUCAACGACUGGGACUUGUCAUCACCUGAAAAUGGGUCCGGUGGCCACGGGCGCACAGGAAUGAUACCAUUCAUGGCGAUGGACCUUCUCACAAAGAAAGCCAUCAAGGGCGAAGCGGAGCACAUGUACCAGCACAUCGCUGAAUCGUUCAUCUGGGUCCUUAUCUGGGUCUGUCUUCAGUAUGAGGAUGGAAAGCUCCUGAGCAAGGACAGACUACUCGAUUGCUGGCUCACAGGAGAUGCUUUUAGUUGCCAGGAGAUUAAACGUAGCUUCUUACAGUUGGCAAUGGAAAAUAGAAUAAGAGCCCCUCUGCCGCCCCAACCUCUCUGGGAACUCGAUCUGUUUCUCCUUACCUUUAUCGUCUCGUUCUAUGUGGAGGAUCGUAACUUUUCCGUAUUGGAAAGGGAAUCUGGAGUCUGGACAAACAAAAGAGUCCUGGUACCUUGGUCGGGCGAAAUACCUUUGAAUGGCAAGGGCGCUCUGCCUAGACACUACCACACCCCAGUAGCUAUCAAACAGCAAUAG